UGCCUCAUCCCAGUAAUUGUAAACAACAAGUGUCAGCAAGGCAACAAAGUAAAAAUGGACAUUUUUCUGGAUUUCAAGAGCAACAACAAGAGUUGAUAGAGAAUGAUGGCCAAAUGCAAGAAGCUUUAGAGGAAGAUAAAGAAUGGUCAACAGGGGACUUGCAAUAA